GAAUUGAUGAGAAGAGUGUGUGAGAUUUGGUUUUUUGAAUACCAAAAAAAGGUGGUGGUGGGGGACUGAAUCAAAUCCUUAGAUACCCAAAAAGGAUCACGAAAUAUCUGUGACAUGAUAAUCUUUGUUUCUCUCUCUUGUAUAGUAUUUUUUGUUUCUAAAAUUCCUCGCCCACCAACCACUACCUUCGAAUUCAUAUCUAUUUCCUCUGUUUUCUUUGCAUACAUAUAUAGGACAGAUCAUCGUUACUAACGUUCAUACAUCUCUUGUGACUUUCAACUUUUCUUUUGUUUCUUUUAUGUUUUUUCUUCCCUCUCUUCAUUAACUACAUCUUCUGCCUUUUGUUUUUCUUUUUGUCCUCUUCUACUCUCUACAUUUAAUAUUAUUAUAACUCCCUCCUUUAUUUAUUGCAAUUGCAACUACGUUUUAUUUCUUUAACAUUUACCACCUUCUUCUUCUUCUUCUUCUUCAUUGCUAGAAGACUGUCUCAUUUAUUCUUGUCUUGUCUUUUUAAGAUAAUGGCUUCAGGGUCUGCAGCAGCUUCUUCUUCAAAUUGGGUCAUGGAAAGUGGUGACAUUCCUCAUGUUCUUGCUGUUGAUGACAAUCUUAUUGAUCGCAAACUUGUUGAGAAACUCCUUAGGAAUUCUUCUUGUAAAGUUACUACUGCAGAAAAUGGGCCAAUGGCUUUGGAGUUAUUGGGCUUAACAAGUGGUGAACAGAGCACCUUGAAUGGAGAAUCAAAAGUAAAUUUAGUUAUCACAGACUAUUGCAUGCCAGGGAUGUCAGGCUAUGAGUUACUUAAGAAAAUUAAGCAAUCAUCUAUAAUGAAGGAGGUGCCAGUAGUGAUCAUGUCAUCUGAGAACAUACCAACAAGGAUCAACAAGUGUCUAGAAGAAGGAGCUCAAAUGUUCAUGUUAAAGCCUCUCAAACAAUCUGAUGUAAAACAAUUGACAUGUCAGUUAAUGAAUUUGGGGAGGUGAAAAUUUAAGUUCCAACAGAAUUCAAAUCAAGAAGACAACAGUGUAAGAUUUGUAGUCAAGUAAAUGUUGGUACCACUUUAGAAUCCAGUGUUUGUAAUGGCUGUUUAGUGCCAAAAUCUCACCGUUAGGAUAAUGUUGCAAAUUGUAGUAGUUUAGGAGUAGGAAUUAUGCAUAUCUAGUCUAGUUUAUUAUAUGUAUACCAAUUUAUUUUCCUAGAAUAUAAUUCAUGUCUUUUUAAAUACAUUGGUCAGCUUGAUUUUGGUGAAA